AGUCCUAAUUGAAAUAAAUGAGCACGUGGUGUUAGGGGAUGACGGUUACCAUGGUGACUAAAACAACUAAACAAACUACAUUGCUACUGCUUCGUACACAAGGAACUAACAGUGAUCAGUGCGAAAAUCUCAAACUAUGAAGCUCUUCAAUCUGCAUCGGAAAUCGGUUUACGUUCUGUAUCAGAACCAGCUUUGUUCGUUUUCCACCCUAGUGAUCGCAAUCGUAGUGCUGCUUACGUUAAUCCUUCCGUGUUACGUCAUAUGGUGCAUCAACCCAGGAGGCCUCUGGGAUAACUAUCGACUAGUCUACGAACAGCCAAAGGUAGAUUUUACCUAUCGCUAUCUAUUUCUGGCGGAAAUAAAACGCCCGGAAGGCAAUGGCAAUGAAAUCAUCACUUGUAGCUCAUUUGAGGGCUACAAUGGGCAGACUGGGGAACGAGAAGAAUGCAACUCGAUAAAGGUGGUAACCGAUGAUGGCAACAUGGAUGGUAGGUUGGAUAGACUCAGCGUAUCUGUGAGCUUCAAUUUACCGGAAGAGUCGGAAGGGAUGAUGUCUUACACAUUUUACUUUUUCUUGGAUGCGGAAUUGAAGAGUAGCUGCUACUUUUCCGUUCCUGCAUUUAUCUCACUCAGCAAAGUAAUGCCUCCCGUGCGCCCCUUUGCCUCCGGAACGAUUCAGCACUUGGGUCUACUGAAAUCCAGCCAAUCCGUAGCGUUGCAGUGCCCUUUCCUCUUGCGCAAUACCAAAUCGCAUUUCAAUCACAAUUAUUUCCCGACCGUCAACUUCACCUCGAUCGAAGAGUUCCUGCCGGACUCGAUUCUGGACAAGAUAGAGACAUUCAACGCGGCACAUUUUCACUUUGAUCAACAACGGAUCCACUGGAAGCGGGACGGUUCCGGAGAGGUGUCAAUCGGAAUAGAUCUGCAAAUCGGUGACGAGAGCAGUCAUCGAACAGCAAUUUUAUACAGCACUUCACUUUGGCAAAAGGUGGCUCAGUUUUGGGUUCAGUACUUUUCGGUGUUGCUGGUGUUCUUGUGGAUCGGAGAAAAGAUCAAGGAUUGGCUCUUUGAAAGUUUUACUCUUCGGGCGAUGGAAGUCGCACCGUGGAAAGGUAAGUACGAUUAGUAGUUGGAAGUAAACAAGAAUAAAUUUAAGACAACUUUUAAAC